AUGGCAGCCGCAGCACUGAGAGCCCGGCUCAACGCCCACAUCUCCAGAAUGUAUGCCGAGGGUGUGGUGGAGGAGGAGACCUUCGAGCAGCUGCGGGAAGACGGCACCGCCACCGAGCUCGCCCGCCUCUUCAUCAACGAAGCCUACGAGAUCCUCCACGACAUCGACAUCCGGAUGGAGGAGCCGGAAGUGGACAUCGACGAGGUGGAAGCCCUGACGCAGCAGCUCAUGGAGUGCGCCUCCAGUGUUGGUGCACAGCAAGUGAAACUCGCCUGCAUGCAUUUCGGAGAUUUCUAUGCAAUAAAAUGCAAACAAGGGUGCCUUGUGUCAUUGGAUCUUGUUAGGAAUUUGUACUGUAUUGUGCGCAAUGACGUGGAGAUCAUGAUGCAGCUGGAGGAUCAGAUCGCGGCCUGUGGUCCUAAGUAA